UGACGAUUGUCAUUGACAUUCUCGGGGACAAAAAUUGCUUGGCAAAUACUCAAAUAGAAUAGAUCUAGACUCUAUGAAAAAGUUAAAGCCACCUCCACCUUUACUGGAUUCAACAUUCAGAAUAAAAUGUUUAAAUUAAUUUUCCAUUGUUCUAAGCUCGAAACAAAUUUGCAUUCUACAUUUAAAUUAGCUAGCCAAUCAUACUUAUCCAAUUCUUAUCAGCAAAGGAAAUUAGUGACAUUUUUGCCCAGUAGUUGUUUUCAAUGGAAUAUUUUCGAGUGUAAAAGAAAAGAAAGUUGUAUAAAUCAUAUGCAGAAAGUUGAAACAAAAAGUACUAAAUUCAGUUAUAAAAAUAACUUGAGAAACCAUUGGACUACCAAGUGCCAUGUAUUGGAUACUUCUUUUAGUACAAGUUCAUCAAGACAGUUUUCAACAACCACAGUCGUCUGUUCAUCAGGUGCACUUCCAGAUGCAGCAACAGUUGAAACAGUUGUAAGUGUUGCCAAUGACCAGUACACAAACUUGCUCUUGUAUCCUGAUUUCCCAUUUAUUUUUGGAGCAGAAAAAGUAUUACACUACUUGCAUGAACUAACAGGUUUGUCAUGGUGGUCAGGGAUUAUGGUGACCGCACUUGUCAUGAGAUUUUUCCUGCUUGCACCCCUCACCAUCUACGUGCACCAUAACCAAGCUAAGCUAGAGCGGCUGGCACCAGCAGUGAAGGAGAAGAGCUUGAGGCUGAAGUCUGAGGUCGUGUUGAAUGCCCAGCAGUUGGGUUGGACCAGCAAGAGAGCCAAGGGAGAAUUCAUCAGAAAACAUAAACUCAUGUUACGUGACCUGUAUAUUAAAGAAAACUGCCACCCCAUGAAGAAUACUGCUAUGUACUGGCUGCAGUUUCCUCUGUGGAUCAGUGUCUCAUAUGCUCUGAGGAAUAUCACCAUUAAAGCACAAAUCCCACAGAUAGACGGUGCCUCAGGUUUUGUGAGCCUGAAAACAGAAGGGGUGGCCUGGUUUCCUGACCUGACUGCGGUAGACAGCACCUGGAUUUUACCUUGUAUGAUGGGUGGUGUGAUGUUGCUAAAUAUAGAAAUGACCAGUCUGAACAUACCAAUAGUGACUAGAUACAGGAAGUGGUUAACUAGAGGACUUCGUACUGUUGCUGUUGUCAUGAUCCCCAUCACCUCUACUGUCCCCAGUGCUAUGGCACUGUACUGGGUGACCUCUGGAUCACUGGGUGCUGUACAGAACUUACUGUUUGAUUACUCACCAUUCAGGAGACUUAUUGGCCUACCCAUGAUAAGUACAGAGAGCAACAACCCCAUAAAAAAUCUGGCCACCAAAGCUCGAGUCAAGUACUUUAACAAGGAAAAGAAAUUAUAAUUUGUGGUUCGGUGUAGCCGUGGUUGAUGUGUUUGCUUACUUUGAAAUGUCAUUGCUUUGUGUAAACAACUAUGCUAAAACAUUGUAAAUAAAAAAAUAUACAUUAUUAAAUUCCUUGUACAUUUUAUUAAUUGCAGUUCUAAUUGUUGCU